CAAGACUGUUGUUGCUUGGCCGAACGCGUGCGCACAGCAGAACUGCCAGUCGACAGACGCUCUCGCCGCGUCGUAUUGUCCCUCGCCACCGCUGCGGGCAGCCCCGGCCGCCAGGAAGACCGGCCGCACCACCAAUCAAUCACAACGACCGGCAGCCCCGGUACCCAGUAAGAAUGUGGCUCUCGACGACGGGCAGCAGCGCCCUGGGCCAGCCCUCGACGAACACGGCGCGUUCCGAAGAUUCGUUCCGCCACCCGCCGACGCAUCGCGACUACCGCCGGAUCCGGCGGCCGACGCGCGCGCUGCCGAGUCGUUUGUUAGGAGGGCGCUCACCGCGCACAAGAACAAAAAAUAGAGUCGACUUCGCCGCCCUCAGAGUACCGAAGCACACGAUCAAGAAGCACGCGCCCAGAGAGACCACCAAUGUCCCGACGCCGCCCUCGCCGUCCGAGGAGCUCCUCGCGAAGUACAAGUCGAGGCACGAGGAGCGGCCCUGGGCCCAGCCGCCCACGCCCAAGGCCCGUCCUAAAACACCGGUGGCCCCGACGCCGCCGCCGCCGCCGCCGCCCCCGUCGCCUUAUAGCCCGAACACGAAGAAGAGUUUAUUAACAGUAGUGAAGUCGUUGGACGCGGGCCUCGCCGCCUACUUCCACAAGCAGAGGAAGCACAUCAAGCUGGGCACGUCGUGGCAGGAAUUCUUCGAGUUAGUUGAUGAAGAUAGAUCUGGUCGAUUGACCUUUGAUGAGUUAGCAUCGUCUGUACUCAAUGGAACCCUGAAAUGCAAGGACCUGUCGAGGUACGAUUUGAGGGUCUUCUUCGCCAAGGCCGACAAGGAUUCAAGUGGAGAAGUCACGCUGAGGGAAUUUACGACUCUCAUCUAUGAGGUCCAAUUAAGUGCGUGGCCGGACCUCACGGAUGACGCCUGCGACAAAGCUGUGGAUAUCUUGAAUCAGGCGGCCUCACAUUGGUAUCGUGCCGAUGGGAAUUGGUACAAGAUCUUCAAAGCCUUGGACGUCGAGGACAGCGGUGAGUUGAAAUUUGACGACUUCGUUCAGGCUGUUCGGGGUUCCUACCCGCCCGGCGUGGACGUUCCUUCGUCCAAGUUAUCGUCAGCGACGCUGAAGGGCCUCUGGAAGAGAUUAGAUAACGAUAGAUCGCAGCACGUCACUUUACAAGAAUUUAUGGUGUUUUUUCGGAGGUGCCAAACGGUGUCCGCUUCGGAACUUCGUCGAUGGCGUCACGCCGCCGCGACGCCGUCGACGCCGCCGCGAGAGAGGUCCAUGCGUCUCGUGAGAGCAGGUCGCGUCGAUGGCGUCGACGCGGACGCGACGCCGCCGCGACGCCGUCGACGCGCCUCACGAGAGAUCCCACGCAGGCACGGCCAGGCGCACUCCAUGUUCAAACAAACCGAACACGACAAGCUCCUGCAUGGCACGUUGGAGAAGCCUGAACCGCCGCCUUCCGUCGAGUCAAGUGAUAGUGAGGUCUGGAGUACACUAAGACUAUUGAUGAGAACCCUGAACGCCAAAAACACAAAAAAGAAGAAGUACGACAAGGCGGACGUCUGGCGCGACUGGGCGCGCUUGUUCGAUGCCUUGGGCGGUCCCGACCGCGUGACGUGGGCCACGUUUUCAUCUGCUGCCAAAGCACUCACAGAUGUAGAAGACCAAGCAUUGGCGGCGCUGUGGACCCGGGCCGACGAUGAUAAGUCCGGCGAAUUGGGCAGAGGCGAGUUCCAGAGAUGCGCUUAUACUAUACAAGUCCAGAGUUGGCCUGUACUAGAGGGCGAGGAGUUGAAGAAGGUCGUCGCGUUAUUAAAUGCGAGUGCAGAAAGAUUGCACCGCUGCGGCGGGAACUGGUUCAAGAUCUUCCGGCUCUUCGACGACGACGACAGCGGUCCUUUCCCGCGUCCCGUCCUCCGAUGCCGAUCGUCCGGCGGCCUUGCGUCGCGUCGAUGGCGUCGAGCCUCGACGCCGUCGACGCGUUGAUACACACGCAGGCCUCAUGUCCUACGAGGAGCUCAAGAAGGUCCUCAGGACGGGAUACCCCGGCCUGGAAGUGACUACGGAUCAAGUCACCGACAACCAGAUUAGGGGACUGUGGCGAGGGUUGGAUGACGACUUGUCGGGCGAAGUGAGCGUGCAGGAGUUCAUGAUUUUUUUUAGGAGGCACGGGCGCGAGCACUCGAUGUUCAAGCCGACGGACCACGAUCUAGCUAGUCGCGGGUUGUUGAAAGGGCCAGAGAAAGUGGAGAAAGUACAACUCCCACCGGAGAAAUUAAGAUCUAUCGUCCUGGAUCUAAAAAGGAACCUCAAAAAAUAUUAUGAGAGGCGGGGCAUGUCCCCGAAGCUCGACGAGCAGUGGCGCGUCUUCUUCAACACGGUCGACGAGGAUCAGAGCGGUAGACUGGACUUUCCGGAAUUAAAAAGGGCCGUGAAAGUCCUACAAGUACAGUUAGACGACGAAUCGCUCCGAGGCUUGUUUACCGCCGCCGACGAAGAUUCGUCGGGAGAGAUCACGGUUGACGAGUUCCAGCACUGCGUCUAUAAAUUGGAAUUAGAGACGUGGCCGGAUUUGCUGGAUAAGGAGGAACUGUUGCAAAGAGCCAUUUCCGUGCUCAAUGCACACGCGGAGAAGUGGCACCGCGCCGGCGGGAACUGGUACAAGAUCUUCAAAAGAAUAGAUGCUGAUGAUAGCAAUACGUUGGCCUUUGAGGAAUUCCGGCACAUGUGUCGAAGUAUCUACCCGGGGCUGAACAUCGAUCGGAAAUUGUUGCCGGACGGACUACUGAGGGGUUUAUGGCGAGGCAUCGAUGCUGAUAGUAGUGGCAAUGUCACCGUCCAAGAGUUCAUGGUCUUCAUGCGGGCGCACGCGGCCCAUUUAGAUUCGAUGGCGGGCUAUACGCACCGAAUGCAUGAACUAGCUUCAUCCCAAAAAGUGGUGGAAGAUACGGUAAACGUGGAGAAGGGUACGGGACUGAGGAAACUCGCGUUACUGCGGGACGCUUCCAUCAAAUUUGAGGUGUCAGAAGAACCUCCAGUGGUCGCGGAAUGGGACUUCGAGGCUUUGGUGAGGUCCAUGGGUUUGUCUGAGUCUGAUCUGACGGCGGACGACUGCCACGCCGUCUGGCGCGCUAUUGCUGGAAGGGGCGAGGCUUAUGAUAGGGACGGGCUGCUCGCGUGGUGCCGCGACCCGCCCGUUUUGAAGGACGGGGCUACUGAUGACGAGGCGGCGCCGGCGCCGGCGGCGACAUCUCCGGCGACGACGGGGGGCGCGGAGUAAGCGGCGGAAUUCAUAUUUGGGGAGGCAAGCGAGAGCGCCGCAGGGGGUCGCGUCGACCACGCGGGGGGCUGCCCUCGUCGCUGA